AUGCAAGCUAUUUCAAUGUCUGCUAGAGCACGUCGACGUCGACCACCACCUCCAGUUAAAGUGAAAUUAGCAUUUGGAAAUGAUGACGAUGAUGAUGAUAAUAAUCAUAAGGAAAAACAGAAUAAUAAAGAAAUAUUAGAAGAAAAUCAUUUAAUAUUAUCCAAUCAAAUUAUAGAUAAAAAUAUUACUGAUGUUAAUUCAGAUAAAUGUUAUGAACGUGCCUUGUUUACAAUUCAUAAUAUUACUGUUGAAGUUAUAUUAGAAAAUGAUACAUUAAGUUGGUCAACUGUAACUGGUGAAAUUCCUCAUGAAGAAACUAAUCGACGAAAAUCUACACAUCGAGAAAAAUUUGCAAAUCGAGAUAAUGUGAAUUCAAUUAAUCUCCAAAAUGUUUAUGCAGUUACACCACUUUAUACUCAACAAAAUUGGUCGUUAAAUACUGAAACUAUAACUGGUACUUCUGUAUCUACAUUAAAUUCUAUUAGUACACCAACGAUGCCUUCGGCAACGUCAACUCAAGAUUCAGUUUUGCGUGGUUUUCAAUUACAUUCUUAUCAAACUACGCAAGAUAGUAUUUUACAAGAAAUACUUGUUAUAUUUCAAAGUGUUCAGCCUACUAUAAUUGAACAAUGGUAUCAAUUAUUAUCAAAAAUGGUUUCUGAACGUAGACCAUCACGUCAUAUUCUUGUUAUGUUGAAUCCAUAUGCUGGUUCAAGACGUACUCGACAUACAUAUUCGACAAAAGUAAAAACAACGUUAGAAAGAGCCCAGCAUAAAAUAACAUAUAUAGAAAUUGAUGAUCAAUGUAGUGCUAAUGAAGCAUUAGAGAAUUUUGAAGGUGAUUUUAAUUCAAUAGAUGGUUUAGUUAUUAUUGGCGGCGAUGGAUCAGUAAUCAAUAUUAUUAAUGGAUUAAUUCAUUAUUUAGCAAAAGAAAAUCGAACCAGAUUAGAUAUGGAACAUGAUUUACCAUCAAUACCUUUUCCAAUAUGUAUUGUUCCUGAUGGUACAACCAAUAUUAUUUGUAAUACAAUACAUGGCAAUACAGAUCAUUGUACACCUAUAUUACAUUUACUUUUUAAUCAACAAAUGAAAAUUGAUAUGUCAGCAAUAUUUGAUAUUAAUUAUGAUUUUGUUACAGCAAAUUUUAGUGCUGGUGCUGGUUAUCCAGCUAAUGUUUUGAAAUAUUUUCCACGGUAUAGUUUACAUAGUACAAAAACCAUUAUUAAAAAAUCAUUUUCAAAAGCGGCUUCACAUAAAAACCUACAACCAGUUGAAAUGGAAAUAAGAUAUAUUCCCGUAUAUCAAGAUACUGGACCGAUGAGUCGUUGCUGUCGAGGUUGUUCAUCAUGUACUCCAGCACCAGAAGAAAAAAGUGAUGAUCAAGUCAAAACUUUUGAUAAUUUUCAUGUACAACAAAUAAAUAGACGAAAAAAAUCAUCAUCAUUCUCAAAUAAUGAUCAUAGUAAUAAUCGCUUAUCAUCAGCUGGAAAAAUUUCUAAUCAAUCUAAUGAAAAAGAAAAAAAUUGGAAAAUACUUCAAAAUGAAUAUUUACAAGUAGCUGUGUUAACAAAUGCUAAUUUAUGGUCAUUUGCACCACAAGGUUUAUCAAAAUUUGGUCAUCUAGCUAAUGGUUCACUUGAUUUAAUUUUAAUUGAACCAGUUACACGUAAAGAAUUUCUACGUUAUGUUAAACGUAAUGGAAAUUCAAAAAAUCAAUUUGAACUUUCAUUUACAAAGUUAAUUCGAGCAAAAGAAGUUGAAAUUGAACUUAAAUCAUCAAUUGAUAAUUUUUUCAAUGGGAUAUCAAUUACUGAUAAUCAUUUAGAUUCAUCACUGUCAGAUGAUUCAUCCAAUGAGGAUAUGUCUGAUAAUGAAAAUAAACCAUCCAGUUUACAACGACAUGAACCUCGUCCACCAAGUGCACCUAUCUCAGAAGAUAGUCGACGUCAUCGUCGUCUUCAUCAUCGUAUAAAUGAACAAACACCAGAAUCUUCUCAAUAUGGACGUCAAUCAUCAAAAACUAUAGACUCAUCAUCAGUUCGUUCAAAAAAUCGUCAUCAACAACAAUCAGAAAAUGAUACGGAUAGUCCACAAGUUGAUCCAUAUGGUUCAACAACAUCACUUCGUCGUAGUGGAAUUUUUCAAUCAUUAAAAUUGAAAAAAGAUAAAAUACGUUUACCACGCCCAUCUAGUGCUCGUGGAGGAGAACCUGAUGAUGAAAAACAACAGAAAAAAAGUCGAAAAUCACUUGGAGGAACUCUUCGACCGGCAAGAUCAUUACUAAAUCUAUUAUCAAGUGGCCAUUCUUCAUCAGGAAAAGUUGAUAAAUCAUCAAAAAAUUUAUUACGUGAUUCUUUUUCUGCUGGUACUAAAAGAAGACCAUCAGUGAUAAGUCGGUCAUCAAGUGUAGACAAUGCAAAAAUAUCAAAUAUAAAUGAUGCAUCUCGAAAAAAGAACCGACCAUGUAUGUGGAAUUUGGAUUUUAGCCCAUAUAAUUCAUCUUUAAUAAGAAUUAAAUGUUUUUAUCGAUAUUUACCAGUUUAUGGUGUUGGUAUUGAUCCACAAACAAAAUGCACAGAAGUCAACUAUUCAUGUUUCUGA